UUGGAAUCCGUGUUUCUCUGAACUCGCAACUCUUGGUACGCGAGUUGAUGUCUUGUGUCUUUAAGGAGUUUUCCUACAAUACAAGUUAUCGGGGUCUUAAGACUUGCCAGUUUUUGGAUAGUUUCCUGGGGUCUGGUUCCAUAACUCAGUUCAUGUUAAACAUGAUGACUUCCAACUAUGGUACAGAGUCUUGUAUCAGCCAGAUACCAAAAUCCAAAGAACACCGAUCCAUUUACAGCUCCAGUCCACAGUUCUACCUGCCAGGUGACGUAGGAAGCGACGCGUCGAUAAAUCCUCAUAUUGUCAAUAGCUGCUCUUCAGAAAAAGAAAAUCCCAACAACUGUGCACCCGGCAACCAACAUGUGGACAGCGAGCAUUCCCCCGACCCGACCGCCGGUCAUCCGAACCAGUACCAGUCCCAGGACCGCGGUCCUGCCGCCGGCGGACCGCGGCGCAGACACCGUACAACUUUCACGCAGGACCAGCUCCGGGCUCUGGAGGCCUCGUUCGACAAGAACCACUACCCUGAUAUCUACGAACGUGAGGAGCUGGCGAGGGAGACCGGAUUGAAUGAAGCCCGAAUUCAGGUUUGGUUCCAAAACCGCCGAGCUAAAUUCCGAAAGCGAGAGCGUCAGCUGUCCAAACGGAUCUUCCCGGCCAGCGUCUCCCCUUCGACUAGCGGAGGUUCCACGUCCGCGUACGCGGGGAUGAUGCACGCCGUCUACCCUCCCACGCCACCGGGGUAUCAUCCCUACAUGCCCAGCGUCAGUCCCCACCAGUACUACCACGCCACGGCCGCUGCAUCGGCCGGGGCUUGCCUGCACCAGCCGGCCCGUCAGUACUCGCCCGCGAGCCUGGGUGCGGCCUGCGGCAUGCCGUCACAGACCGAGGAACGACCGGCCAUGAUCGUGUCCAGCAGGGAGGAGGAAUGGUUCAAGGGGCAGGCGUUUGUUCACAGCUCGUCCGCUCACCAUAACUCCAUGUUGUACCAUGCUUAAUUUUCAGACUUUAUUCUUCGCUUUCACAAAAUUGCAUGCAUUUGAUGGGGACUUGCUUCCAUUUGCCGUGCACCUCUUUAAUAUCAUUUCGACUUUUUUGAUCUCCAACACAUGAAGAUUGAAGUUUUAAACUCCGAUACCACAUUAGGCCUACAGCAACAUAAAUCUAUUAAAAAACAAA